AUGUCGGAGAGUUCAACAUAUUCAAAUUGUAGCCAGCGUUACUGCAAGUGUGGAUCGGAAAUCAAACGCCGGACUUCAUGGACAGAUCUGAAUUCUAGAAGAAGAUUUGAGGCAUGUUGCAAUAAUCGGAACAAUAAGAGGGAGUUGCAUUUUUUCACAUGGGUGGAGAAUGAAACAUGCCCACGAGGAAAGGAAAUCUUGCCUGGGUUACUUAGAAGACUAAGAGGAAUGGAGGACGAAUUGAGAGCAACGCCGGAGAAUUUCAGAGUGAUGGAAGAAGAGAAGAAUAAAUUAGAGCAAAAACUGAGAGAAGAGGAAGAAGAAAUCAAGAUUUUAAAAAAACAGAAUCUGUGA